GCAGCCCAGACUCACCCCUGAAUCCCUCCAACUGGUGCCAGGUCCACCGGAGAACGGCUCAACAUGCCUGAGCCCACAAAGAAAGAUGAUGGCCAACCUGAAGAGAAUGUUGCCCCAGUCUCUGGCGACGCCCCAUCUGAGAACUCGGUUGAGAUCACACCAAAAGAGGCUAAAGCGGCAACCAAAGACACAGAGGUCAUAGUGACUGUCACAGAACCAGAGGCAGCCGUACCCAUACCUGCUGCUGAGGCUCCACAGCCACAACCCAUAACAAUUGUGGUGACUGAAAUAGAGCCAGUAGAGGCUGAGGUCACAGACACAGGGCCAAUAGUGACAGAGCCUGUAGAGAAUGGGCACAAUGAGCCAGAGCCAACACGGGCUGAGAAGCUCGUCGAGGUGACUGAGGUAAAAGAAGAGGAGCCCAGCACCUCAAAAGUUCCUGCAUCUUCACUGAAGAAGUCUGCUAAGACAAUAGUUACCCCAUUAAAAGAUAAAGAUGAUGAUGUCACCGCCAGCACCCCAUCACCUCCACCUCCAGCAGAGAAUGGCAGCACACCCAAGAAACUUUCUAUUGACCUUCCUAAUGAUAGCGACCCUGAGUCAACCAGGGGGAGAAAAGACUCAGUGUGGUCUCUGGGGGAUGGACAGCCUCCUGAGGACAUUGACAAACAGAUUGAUACUCCACCCCUCUCCACUCUGUUGAUUGAAAAGCCCCAGGGUGGCUCCAUCACUGUAGGUGGAGACAUCAGCUUCGUUGCUAAAGUGGAGGCCAAAGACUUGCUUCGCAAACCAACCAUUAAGUGGUUCAAGGGCAAGUGGAUGGAUCUGGCUAGCAAGACUGGGAAGCACCUUCAGCUUAAAGAAUCUUUUGAUCGCUUUUCCAAGAUCCACACCUUUGAGAUGCACAUCAUUAAGGCGAAGGAGAACUAUGCAGGGAAUUACAGAUGUGAGGUCACCUACAAAGACAAAUUUGAUAGCUGCUCUUUUGACCUGGAGGUCAAAGAAAUCCCCGAGGGUUCUCAGAGCAUUGACAUUCGCUCAGCUUUCAAAAGAAGCAGUGAAGGCCAGGACGAUGCAGGCGAACUUGACUUUAGUGGGCUUCUCAAACAUAGACAAGGCAGGGAGCAUAAACAAGAGGAAACUCCUGAUGUGGACGUGUGGGAGAUUCUGAAAAAGGCCCGACCUGAUGAAUAUGAGAAGAUUGCUUUUACGUAUGGCAUCACCGAUCUCAGAGGCCUGCUGAAAAGACUGAAGAAAACCAAAAAGGAAGAGAAAAAGAGUGAAGCAUUUGCCAAGAGACUGGAUCCUGCAUAUCAGGCGGACAAAGGCGGAAAAAUCCGGUUAAUUGUGGAUCUAGCUGACCCAACUGUGGAGUUAAAAUGGUACAAGAACGGACAAGAGAUCCGCCCUACUCCAAAUAAUAGGAAGUAUAUCUUUGAGCAUAAAGGCACUCAAAGGAUAAUGGUUAUUAACAACUGUCAGAUGAGCGAUGACGCUGCUUACUCAGUCACUGCCGGAGAUGAGAAGUGCACCACUGAACUGUUUGUGAAAGAACUGCCUGUGAACAUAGUGAAAGAGCUGGAGCCCGUAAAAACCACAGUGAACGAGAGAAUUGAACUGGAGUGUGAGGUGUCUGAGGAAGGAGCAAAAGUUAAAUGGAUGAAGAAUGGAGUGGAGGUUCCCACAGGAGUGCGAUCACGGUACCGUGUGAAAAGCGAGGGGACCAAACACUGGCUGAUCAUUGAUGACGCCUCAAAGGACGACACUGGCACCUACUCCCUAAUGGCCACCGGGGGCACCAGUCAGGCUCACGUUCAAGUUGACCUGAAGCCUCUGAAGAUUUUAAUGGAUCUGCAGAGUGUGACUGUGAUGUUGGGUCAGCCUCUUAAAUUGAACUGUGAGAUUUACCCCGGAAAUGUCCCGGGCCGCUGGUACAAGAACGGGCAGCUGAUCCAGCCUAAUGACCACAUCAACAUUUUGCACAAAACCAAGAAUCACAACCUCGACAUUGAGAGCGCCACCAUUCAUGAUGCCGGCGACUAUACCUUUGUUCCUGAGGGAUACACACAGACGCUGUCUGCCAAAGUGCACGUCAUAGAUCCCCCCAAGGUGCACUUAGAGGCACUGAAUGUCCAGGACAACACGGUGACCAUUGUGGCCGGAAACAAACUACGCCUGGAGAUUCCCAUCAGUGGAGAACCAGCACCCAGAGUGGUGUGGAUGAAGGGAGAAAGGGUCAUCCUUGAUACAGGAAGUCGAGUUCGUGCAGAGACACAUGCAGACCAGACCUGCCUAACUAUUGAUGUCACAGAAAGAGAAGAUACUGGAAACUACAAGAUCGUCCUUCAGAACGAAGCUGGAGAAGACACCGCCAGUGUUAAGGUCAAAGUUGUGGAUAUCCCGGAUCCCCCUGAGGCUCCUCUAGUUACUGAUGUGGGUGGAGACUGGUGCACUAUGACAUGGGAACCUCCACGCUAUGACGGUGGUUCCCCCAUUCUUGGAUACUUCAUUGAGCGAAAGAAGAAACAGAGCUCUCGAUGGAUGAGGCUGAACUUUGACCUUUGCAAAGAGACCACCUUCGAGCCCAAAAAAAUGAUUGAAGGUGUGCCAUACGAGGCGCGCAUCUUUGCUGUUAACGCUAUCGGUGUCUCCAAACCCAGUGAACCCUCCAAAUCUUUCAUUCCUCUGGCUGUGACCAGUGAACCCACAAUGCUGGUGGUGGAUGACGUCACAGAUGACACAGUAACUAUGAAGUGGAGACCUCCAGACACGAUCGGUGCUGCAGGACUUGAUGGGUAUCAAAUUGAAUAUUGCAUUGAAGGAACUGACGAAUGGAUUCUUGCUAAUAAAGAGCUGACAGAAAAAACGAAGUACACUAUAACUGGUCUGCCAGUGGAGGCUAAGAUCUUAGUACGUGUCAAGGCUAUAAAUGCUGCUGGGGCCAGUGCACCACGCACCACCCAACACUCCAUACUGGUGAAAGAGGUCAUCGAGCCUCCUAAGAUUCGCAUACCUCGACACUUGAAGCAGACGUACAUUCGAAAGGUUGGCGAAGUCGUCAACCUCGUCGUGCCAUUUGUGGGUAAACCAAGGCCAAAAGUCAUCUGGUUGAAAGAGGGUCAGCCGAUUGAACAAACCAUCAGCAUUCGUAACUCAGAUUGUGACAGCAUCAUGUUCAUCCGCAAAGCUGAGCGAAAACAUUCUGGGAAAUAUGAACUGAGCGUACAAGUGGAGAAUCAUAUCGACACGGCCAUGUUGGACAUCCAGAUAGUCGAUCUCCCAGGCCCACCACAGGCUGUGAAGAUCGAAGAGGUCUGGGGGAAUAAUGUAGCACUGGAUUGGAGCCCCCCCAAGGACAGCGGCAAUGCACCCAUAACAGGCUACACAAUUCAGAAAGCUGAUAAAAAGACAAUGGAGUGGUACACAUGCAUGGAGCAUUACCAUCGUACCUGCAUCACAAUUUCAGAUCUGGUGGUGGGUAACGAGUAUUUCUUCAGAAUCUACUCUGAGAACAUGGUGGGCUUAAGUGAAAAUGCUACUGCCACUAAAGACAGUGCUCUCAUCGUGAAGGAAGGGAUAUUCCCCCAUGAUACAGCUCUCGGCUUGUAUCAUGCAAAGUCCCACUCUCCCUUCCCCUCUCACUCCUCCUCCUCCUCCUUUUCCUCUCGCUCUUCCUCUCACUCUCAAUCAGGCCUGCAACUGAAGAACCCACAGUAUAAUGACCGCGACUUCACUGAGCCGCCCACUUUCACUCAACCGCUUAUCAACACCUUCGCCAUUGCUGGGUACAACGCCACCCUGAACUGCAGUGUGCGUGCCAACCCUAGGCCUAAGGUGAUCUGGAUGAAAAACAAGAUUACCAUCAUAGACGACCCACGUUACCGCAUGUUCAGCAACCAGGGUGUGUGUACGCUUGAGAUCCGAAAGCCCAGCCCGUUUGAUGGAGGGGUUUACACCUGCAAGGCUGUCAAUGACCUUGGAGAGGCUCACGUGGACUGCAAACUAGAGGUCAAAGGAGGUUUUACGUUCUUUGAGCUGAUGAAGCGAGGCGUUCCCUUACACCUCAUUGAUAAGUACAUGAACGAGUCUAAGACUUCAGAGAAAUCCGAGUGAGAGAAGAAGGGAUCCAACUGAAGGCUGGUUCACUGAAUGAUUACCCAGAAACCCAUGUCACUACUACAAAUAAUGGCAUAUGUGUCUUUGGCAUGGUAUGCUUUGUUAAGAAAUGGAUCUAUAGUUAGAAAGUCUGCGUCUGUCACUGUGAAAUCAUGUAAAGCUGUGUUUUAAGAAUUGUCACUGAAACUCAGAUGCAUGCCUUUAGUAAACUGGAUUGUAGCUUCAAAAUAUACCCCAAAUAGACAUUUUAUUGUGAAAAACAUUGAGCAGUCUUUUACAGAUAAAAUAUGAUGAUGCAGUUCCUUUAAGUUUUUUCUGGGUUUGGGAGACGAGGGUGGUCCAAAGUCUGGGUUUUGCCGUUUCAGGCUUUCUUUUUUUUUUUUUUUUUUUUUGCCGUUUGAUUUUACCCCUGAGUUUUUCAACCCCUUUCCAUCAUUCUUUAGUGAAUCUACUGAAAUCCACCUCGAUUAGCAAUGUUAAUACUGUACUACUGACAGAUCAGACAUCAGACAGAUAAGUCAGUGUCAGAGAGACAGGUUUGUCGAAGGUUGCUUGAUAGUACAUGCCAAUGUUCAUUUUAGCAUGACAGUUGAAUAAAUGUCUCUAUAUGA